AUGCAAGAUUUUUGGGAUCGAGAAUCUGCAAGGCGCAGAUUGCGAGAUAGAAAUUAUCUAGAGUUAAUAGAUAUGGCAGAGGAAGCGUCUGAUAUUCAGCUUUUAUCAGAAGCUGAAUCUUUACUUCAAGAUCUCAGUAAGAUUGUUCUCGAGAAAGAAAUAGAUUGCAUGCUGUUUCAUGAGGCCGACCAAAACGAUGCAUUUUUAGAAGUACAUUCAGGAGCAGGAGGAACAGAAAGUGAUGACUGGGCUUUCAUGCUAUUUAGGAUAUAUUCUAGAUGGGCAGAGAGACAUAAGUUCAAAGUAUCGAUAGUGCAUUCAAUGCCAGGAGAAAGUGCAGGUGGGCAGCACGUCAACACCAUAGCGCAGUUAGAAUAUGGCAAUGUUGAAAUCACGGCUAUAUGA